CGUCUCCUACCGUACACUGCCAACUGGACUACUGCAAUUUCACUGCCGAAAUACUUUCACCGCGCACGCGUGCAGGUAGAAAAUGAAUGGCUGGAAAGAGCAUCACGUCGAGCAUCUGGAAAAACUCUUUCAAGACGCAAGUGUCGACACCAGCGAAAUCAUCAGAAGCUACUUUGACAUCGUCAAAGAAAAAAGUUCAAGUUCGUUGAAUGACAUCAUUCCAUUUCUCAAUCAAAAAGCCGUUCGUCUACUCUCACCCGAAUUGGUCGACAUCGUCAAGAACAAUCGAAUCGGAGCCUACAGUUAUUUGCUAGUGGCCAACAAUUUACUUGACUCGGAAGACGUCAAAGAUGAUUUACUCUACGGAGAUGUCCUGGCAAACGCUAUUUCUCCCAGCACUAUCCGGCGGUUAAAAGCCGAACUGGGUCUGUUGACUACUGAUGUGCUGGUUCAAGUGGCUGCCUCAGUUUCAAGCAUCACCACACCACAACCCAUUCAACUGCCACAAAAACCAGUGGAAAACUGGGCAGACUCCGGUAGCCAGCGCAAUUCACUCACUUGCGAAGAUAUGAAAAGACUGCCGAUUAAAUUGAAAAACCAAUGCACCGAGUCUAUGGUCGUCGAGGGUAUGACUGUGUACAAGUUAAAAGUGAAACAAGUCCCAGCUUAUGUUGGGUCAUCUUCCAUCAUCAAGAGAUUCUCUUUCGGCGAACCCAGCGACAUUAUUCUAACGGGUGGAACAUGUAAAACAAUUCUGCUGAUGGGCGCGACGGGAUCGGGAAAGACGAUGUGGAUCAACGCCCUGGUCAAUUACGUCCUGGGAGUCGAAUGGGACGAUUCAUUCCGUUUCAUGCUGAUCAAAGAACAUCUCAGAGGAGCAUCGCAAGCCAAUAGCCAAACGCAAGGAGUCACCGCCUACGACCUGCACUACCGCGAGGGAUUCCGCAUUCCUUUCUCACUGACUGUUAUUGACACGCCGGGAUUUGGCGACACUGGCGGGAUGGAACGUGACGAGGACAUCUCUUCGGCCAUACAAGAGUUUUUCAACCAUGAAAAUGGCAUUCAGGAAUUGGACGCCGUUGGAUUCGUCGUUCAAUCCGCACUCGUCCGUCUAACAAUUUCGCAAAAAUGUAUUUUCAGCUCAAUCUUCUCCAUUUUUGGCAAAGACGUGAAAGAAAAUAUCCGAUUCCUCGUCACUUUUGCCGACGGACAGCGACCGCCAGCCUUGGAGGCCAUCAAAGAGGCCGGACUUCCGUGCCGGAUGGAUUCCAAGGGAUUGCCAUGCCACCAAAAAUUCAACAACGGCGCCAUCUACAUCCAGCCAAUGGAUGACGAAAACGACGACAUGUCACGUAUCGAAUGGAUGAGCGGAAUGAAUAAUUUCAACAUGUUCUUUGCAGAAAUGAACGAAAUGCCAACCAAAUCGCUGCAAAUGACCAACGAAGUGAUCGAACACCGAAAGCAACUGGAAAUCUAUCGGGAUUUUAUGCUCGGCGGCAUCAAUAAUCAACUCAUCAAGAUGGAAGAAUUGCGCACGACCAAACAGCUCGUCGCUCUGAAUAAAGACAAAGUCAACGCGAACCAGAAUUUCGAGAUGAAAGUGCCAGUCGCCAAAAAGGUGAAGAAGAACAUGGACGGUUCGUCAGCCCUGAACUGCACAAAUUGCCAAGUAACGUGCCACUACCCUUGCCACCCCAGUUCGUGGACGGGAUUCUGCCCGGUAUUUUGGCAGUUGGAGGAGAUCAUCUCACCAAAGAAAACAGUGACGUCUUUAUUGAGUAAUCCCAGCGAGGAUUCCGUCUUGAGCGCCGUCAUGGACACGGUGGUGAAAGCUGCCAAAAAUAUAGUAACCAACCUCAUGUCGCCCAAAUGCAAGAUCUGCCCUGGCGCAUGUUCCAAUGGCCACCACAAAAACGAAAACUUUAAAUGGGUCUUGAUGGUGGAGGAUGAGACGCGGACCUUCUACGGCGUUCGCAACAACUACCAAGGCGCAACGAAGAAGAUGAUGGACGCAGAAGCCAUGGAGAGGGUCCUGCAAGCGGAAGUUGAUCAGCUGAAAGACGAAACCAUCAAGAACAUGAAUGUCAUCACUGAUUUGCAAAACAAGUUGAAGACUAUUGCGCUACACGGCAAUCAUCUCUCGACAUAUGAAUACAUCCAAAUCAUGAUGGACACUGAAGAGAGAGUCCGAAAUCCUGGAUGCGAGGAAAGAAUCAAUAACUUGAAGGAACUGCUGGAAUCGGCUAAAGGCAACAGCAACGACAUCGAUGAUGAUAACAAAUUCACCAAGCAGUUCACUUCAUCCAGCACGGCGUGCUAAUGAUGCUGCGCAUCAAAAGUUGU